UGCGCUAUAACCUUGCGGCCCGUCUGCAACACACACAUUAUUACCAAGAAGAAGACCGAGAACACACACACAUUAUUGUCUUCUGGUUUCAGGACCGCGGGUGUUUUCAUCAUGAGGGUGUAUUUGGUGGCGUUCACGUUGUUCCUCAGUGCUGUGUUUGCUGCUCCAACUUUGGACAAGCAGUUAGACGACCACUGGGAGCAGUGGAAGAACUGGCACAGUAAAAAAUACCAUGAAAAGGAGGAGGGGUGGAGGCGAAUGGUCUGGGAGAAAAACUUGAGAAAGAUCGAACUGCACAAUCUUGAGCACUCCAUGGGCACACACACUUACAGACUCGGAAUGAACCACUUUGGUGAUAUGACUCAUGAGGAGUUCAGGCAGGUGAUGAAUGGCUACAGACACCAGAAGGAGAGACGAUUCAGCGGAUCUCUGUUCAUGGAGCCCAACUUCCUGGAGGUCCCAAACAAGUUGGACUGGAGAGAAAAGGGAUACGUGACUCCUGUGAAGGAUCAGGGUGAGUGUGGUUCUUGCUGGGCUUUCAGCACUACUGGAGCCAUGGAGGGGCAGAUGUUCAGGAAGACUGGAAAACUGGUGUCUCUGAGUGAGCAGAACCUGGUGGAAUGCUCCCGUCCUGAAGGCAACGAGGGCUGUAAUGGAGGUCUCAUGGACCAGGCCUUCCAGUACAUCAAGGACCAGAACGGUUUGGACUCCGAGGAGUCCUACCCCUAUUUGGGAACUGAUGAUCAGCCCUGCCAUUACGAUCCCAACAACAGCGUAGCUAAUGACACUGGAUUCGUUGACAUUCCCAGUGGAAAGGAACAUGCUCUGAUGAAAGCUAUAGCUGCUGUGGGGCCGGUGUCUGUGGCUAUUGAUGCUGGACACGAGUCUUUCCAGUUCUACCAGUCAGGCAUCUACUAUGAGAAGGACUGCAGCAGCGAGGAGCUAGAUCAUGGCGUCCUUGCCGUUGGUUAUGGUUUUGAGGGUGAGGAUGUUGAUGGAAAGAAGUAUUGGAUAGUCAAGAACAGGUAAGCUCAUUUAUACCC